AUGGCAUUUGUUGUAGAUAAAGAAUGUGUUUCGAUACCAAUUGAUAGCCCGGAUCAGGAGAUUGGACGCCAUAUGCAAGGGAUAACACUUGGUCAAAGUAUUCAUCAGCAGCGUAGUGGCGAAUCGUCACCAAUAAAUGCACCAACGCGAACCAGCAGUCUGGGAUCAAUCAGUACAAAACGUCAAAGUGCGGAGUUUAUUCAGCAAAGUAGUUUGCUGUCUGGAAUUAGUGGUGAUCAUUUGACCUGGUCAAGCCCAACUACAGCCACUUCAUCUCAACUAUUUCAGCAGUCUAAUUUACAAAAUCAAAAUCAAUUAUCUCAGGCCCUGUCAAAGUUGCUGGAACAACAGGCGUUAAUGAAUACUACCUCAUCUGCAUCGCUGUUCGGUCAAUAUAGUUUUAACGGGGUUUUUGGUUCUCCAUUUACUAAUCAGUCGCAAAUCUCUGCAUCAAUGCAUUCAAAUUUUUUUACCAGCAACAGUUUUCCCACUUCAACAAUUCCGUUCAACGUUCCUCAUAGUUAUUCAUCCAAUAGUAAUCUUUGUGCAAUAUCGUCAACACAUGAAAUGCAGCAACCACCUGGAAGCUCAGCAAACAUCUCUACCAGUGGUUACAACUUCCCCCUGUCACUGUUGAAAGAUUAUCAGCUGAGAGGCAACGACAACGAACAAGGAAGACGAGAAAACAUCGAGCCAGCAAAUGGAUUUUCCAGGAAUCUUCAUGGUCAACAAACCUUUCAGAAUGGUAAUGUAACUAUGCCGCAAAAUUACCCUCCCACAAAUUCUUUUACACAGUCACAACAGCAGCAACAGCAACAACAACAACAACAGCAACUAUCACCAGAGUGUGAAGAGAUUAGCAUUGAUGACAAUACACCGUCGUCGAUCAAUGGCACAGAAGUACAUUUUCGUACGCUAAAAUUAAACCAAUUUGGGGAAACUCUUCUAAGAGUUCCGAGUUAUCGCAAAUUCUUGGAAGCAGUGCUCAAAUUAGAAAACGAUUUUGUUAACUGUGGUAACAGUUUUACGUAA